GGAGCCCGGGAUGGGCAGGAAGAGAUGCGACCGGUACCGACAAGAUGUGGCUCAGACCGGAGGAGGUUCUGCUAAAGAAUGCGUUGAAGCUGUGGGUGACGGAGCAGUCCAAUCCAUACUUUGUGCUGCAGAGAAGGAGGGGGUAUGGAGAAGAGGGAGGGGGUCUGACAGGUCUUCUCGUAGGGACCCUUGAUGCGGUUUUAGAUUCCACUGCUAAGGUAGCACCGUUCCGUAUUCUCCAUCAAACCCCAGAUUCACAGGUUUACUGGUCUAUAGCAUGUGGAGGCAACAAGGAAGAGAUUUUAAAGCACUGGCAGUGGUUGGAGCUCAAUGUUAUGAAGACCUUGUCAGUGUUUGACUCAAGCGAUGACAUAACCAGUUUUGUACAAGGAAAAAUCCGAGGUCUCAUUGCAGAGGAGGGAAAGGGUUCUUUCAUAAAAGAAGAGGAUCCAGAUAAAUUUAGAGAGGCUCUUAUGAAAUUUGAAAAAUGCUUUGGAUUGCCAGAUCAGGAGAAAUUAGUGACUUACUACUCAUGCAGUUACUGGAGAGGAAGAGUACCGUGCCAGGGCUGGCUGUAUCUCAGUACCAACUUUCUCAGUUUCUACUCCUUUUUGCUGGGCUCUGAGAUGAAACUGAUCAUCUCAUGGGACGAACUCUCCAAACUCGAGAAGACUGCUACCGUCUUGCUCACGGAGAGUAUACACGUGUGUUCAGGCGGAGAGGAUCAUUAUUUUUCAAUGUUCUUGCACAUCAACGAAACGUUCCUGCUGAUGGAGCAGCUGGCGAGUUACGCUGUAAGGAGACUGUUUGACAAGGAGACAUUCGAAACAGACCCGGUGCUGAAUGAUCCCUUUCAGAUUACCAAACGAGGCCUGGAGGGCCGAGCCCACAGCGAGCACUUCACUACCUACUUCCGACUGCCGAGGGAAGAGACUCUGAAAGAAGUUCAUGAGUGCUUCCUCUGGAUACCGUUCAGUCACCUCAAUACCUUGGGGAAGAUGUGCGUUUCCGAAAACUACAUUUGCUUUGCGAGCCACGAUAGCAGUUUAUGUAGUACAGUCAUUCCUCUAAGAGAGGUUGUAGGUAUUGAAAAAUCAGAUGCAGUAACCAGGGCUGUUACCAUUAGCACCAAAGGGAAGAAAAUAUUCCGCUUUACCGACGUUCGAGAUUUUGAAACUCUAGUGAAGAGAUUACGAGGGAAAUGUGCAGUUACAAGUCCUCAGCAUGCCGCUUACUCCGAGACUGGUUAUACCGAUAAUCCAUCUGAUUUUCUUGAAGAACACCCAAUGGCUGCACAGAAGGGCACCAGCAAAACUGUAAGCACAGAAGCUUUAAUGACGGUGUUUCAUCCUCAGGAUGCCGAAAACCUUGACCCCAAAAUGCUGAAAGAAAAAAUGAAGGAGCAGUCCUGGAAGAUCCUGUUUACAGAAUGUGGGCGCGGAGUUAGCAUGUUCCGGACUAAAAGAACACGGAAUUUAGUUGUGAGAGGAAUUCCAGAAACAUUAAGAGGGGAGCUUUGGUUACUGUUCUCAGGCGCUGUUAAUGAUAUGGCAGCUAAUCCUGGUUACUACACAGAAGUGGUGGAGAAGUCUUUAGGGACGUGCACCUUGGCUACUGAUGAGAUUGAACGAGAUCUACGUAGAUCCUUGCCUGAGCACCCUGCCUUCCAGAGCGACACUGGAAUCUCCGCAUUAAGGAGAGUGCUGACUGCGUACGCGUACAGGAAUCCCAAAAUUGGAUAUUGUCAGGCAAUGAACAUUCUGACUUCUGUUUUACUCCUCUAUGCCAAAGAAGAGGAAGCAUUUUGGCUUCUUGUUGCAGUGUGUGAAAGAAUGCUUCCAGAUUACUUUAAUCGUAGAAUCAUAGGUGCCUUGGUGGAUCAGGCUGUCUUUGAGGAGCUUAUCAAAGAUUAUUUGCCCCAACUCACAGACCACAUGACAGACAUGACGUUCUUUUCCUCAGUUUCGCUUUCUUGGUUUUUGACCCUCUUCAUUAGCGUUCUUCCCAUUGAAAGUGCAGUCAAUGUUGUAGAUUGUUUCUUCUACGACGGCAUCAAAGCUAUCCUGCAGCUGGGACUGGCCGUCUUAGACUUCAAUAUUGAAAAACUGCUUGUCUGUAAAGACGAUGCCGAAGCUGUCACUAUUCUGAACAGGUUCUUUGACAAUGUCAUCAACAAGGACAGCCCUCUGCCGUCAACAGUGCAGCAAGCGUCGUCCAGCCCGGAAAAAAAAGGCAGCAACACUAAAGUGGAAAUUACACAUUUAAUCAGGGAAUCAAACGAGAAAUUUGGGGCAAUUCGCUAUGAGGACGUAGAAAGUUUGCGCAGGAGGAACAAGCUUUAUGUCAUCCAGACGUUAGAAAGCACGACUAAGCAGAAUGUGGUUCGAGUUGUGUUGCAGGAAGUAAAAUUCAGUUCUGGUGAUUUGGAAGAACUUUAUUAUUUAUUUAAGAGAGAACACUUUUUAUCGUGUUACUGGAGCACGAACAGCAGUAUUCUUAGACACCAUGACCCAAGUCUCCCCUACCUGGAGCAAUACCACAUAGACUGCCAGCAGUUCCGAACUCUCUACCACCUACUCAGCCCUUGGGCAUAUUCAGCCAACGUGGACUCUCUUGCCCUGUGGACCUUCCGUUUAAUGGAUGAGAACUCUGAUGGCCUCAUCAAUUUCAAAGAAUUUGCCUUGGCAUUUGACAUGAUGUUCAAUGGAAGUCUUACCGACAGGCUCAAGUUACUCUUUAAAAUGCACAUACCUCCAGCUUUUACUGAAGUGGGAAGUAUAAGUCCCUCAGAAGAAGCCAAACUUUCCAAAGAAGACCUGAUGCAUUUCAGCAACCUCCAUGUAACUUCACCAACAGAAAACGCAAAUACUGAAGACAAAACUAGGAGUCCCGAUAAAGGUAAAGGGAAGAUUGAUAUUCAGGCAUAUCUCAGACAAUGGCAAGAUGAGCUGGUACGCAAAGAAGAGAGCAUCAAAGACCUGCCAAGAAUGAAUCAGACGCAGUUCAUUCAGUUUUCAAAGACCCUGUACAACCUGUUUCACGGAGAUCCUGAAGAAGAGUUACUGUAUCGAGCCAUUGCUGCCGUAACCAGUCUUCUCCUCCGAAUGGAGGAAGUUGGGAGAAAACUGCAGAAUUCUGCUUCGCCGACCAGGAGUUCAGUGCCGGGGACCAGCGCCGAACCCGCAGAUAUGACUCCAGGGAACGAGUCUCUCCGGCAGACUGAAACUGCAAUGCCACAGCCUUCCACACAAACCACGGAAUGGUCUUUCGCAUUUGAACAAAUCCUCGCCUCCCUAUUAAAUGAGCCUCCUCUUGUAAGAUUUUUUGAGAAAUCCGCUGAUCUGAAAUCCAAGUUAGAAAACGCGAGGCCCUCUCAAAUGCGCGCUAGCAAGAGAGUGUAAAAAAACGCUUUUUGAUAUGCAAUAUGCAAUGGAUUUGUUAAAUGUUAAGCUAUGUUUUACAGACCACUACUAGAGAAGCAGAGCCUGCCUCCAAUGACAUCUAAAACAUACUAUUAGCAUACACUUUGAUAUGUUCAAUGUUACCGCGUACUUUUGUUCCCAGGAACGAUCCAUUAUUAUUCCAAGGGAA